CCGCCUGCCUUGCCUUCUUGCCGUGUCCGUCUGCCUUCCUGACCGUCCAACAAGAAACGCUGGCUACUGCACCCCCUCCUCAUCGGGAUGAAAAAAUAUGGCGGAAAGAAGCUGAAUUACCAUUAAAGGCCGAUUCUGGCGUUACUGGAUUUGCAGAUUUGAAAACAAGGAGCAGGGUUACUUUAAUUUGGACGCCAUCCCCCUUUCGCGUAGGAAAAAGGCGCACUUCUGCGAAAGCGAGAUCGUCCGGAGAGUAGGAACACUGCCAGACGGUUAUGAAGUUUUAAGAGCGGUUGGGUUUCUAGCUGGACAGAAUUGUUGGAGCAUGAGGAAGCCUGUGCCACAAAAACCUUUAGAAUGGAAAGAUCCCCAAAUAAUCAAGCAUGCACGGAGCGGUCGGCCCUCCCGAGCACCCUCGCUGUACCAAGGCCACUUCAGUUGGGAAAAGUACCUGAAAGAGACGGGAGCUUCAGCUGCUCCUUCGUCGUGUUUCAAACAGAGCCUCACACCUCCAGUUAAUGAGUUCAAGGUGGGCAUGAAGCUGGAGGCCCAGGACCCCCGGAACACCACGUCCACCUGCAUCGCCACGGUGGUGGGUCUGACAGGCUCUCGGCUGAGGCUGCGCUUGGACGGGUCAGACAAUAAGAACGACUUCUGGCGCCUGGUGGACUCCUCAGAGAUCCAGCCAAUAGGCAGCUGUGAGAAGAAUGGAGGGAUGCUGCAGCCACCACUGGGUUUUCGUCUCAAUGCUUCUUCCUGGCCCAUGUUUCUGCUGAAAACACUAAACGGUGCUGAAAUGGCUCCCUCUCGCAUUUUUCACAAGCAGGAGCCACCUCCUCCGGAGAAGAACUCUUUCCAGGUGGGAAUGAAGCUGGAGGCGGUGGAUCGGAAAAAUCCACACUUCAUCUGCCCUGCGACAGUCGGUGCACUGCGUGGAGUCGAGGUGCUGGUCACCUUCGAUGGAUGGCGUGGGGCUUUUGAUUACCACUGCCGCUAUGACUCACGUGACAUCUUCCCAGUUGGUUGGUGCGCACUCACCGGAGACAACCUGCAGCCACCUGGCACCAAAGCCGUGUUGCCUAAGAGCCUCGGAGUGCUGACAGAGGGAGGUGUGGAGAGCCCCGCCAUGAAUGCCACCCCCACAGUGGGUAGACCCCCGGGUCAGAGAGGACGUAAGCCGGGCCGCAGGAAAACAAAAGUGACGGGGUCCUGGAGUCAAAAGGCUUCUGGCUUGAUAACUCAGAGCAUCCACUCAGAGAAAAGUUCAGAGCCCAUCAAGAUCCCCAAAAAACGAGGACCUAAGCCCGGUAGUAAGCAGCUUGGCUGGGCAAAGAGGGUCGGCUGGUUGGAGGAGGCCAUGGCUGGACCGGGUCGGCCGGUAACUGGACCGGGACGAACCAGAGGCAGGCUACUGGCCAGCUGGGCUCAGAGGAUCAUUUUGCAACAAGCCAAAACUCCGGCAGAACCGAUAAAGGUUCCAAAGAAGAGAGGGCCCAAGCCCGGCAGCAAGAGAAAACCACGAGUGAUGCCUAACCCAGUCCCCACGUCUCCCACCAGCAGCACCCCAGAACCCGACACCAGCACUGUGCCCCAGGACAACGCCACCAUCCCCAAGUCUGCCCUCCAGGCUCCCACAGUGUGCGUGUACCUCAACAAGUACGGAAAGGUGGGACCCCACUUGGAUCCGAGGCGGAUCCAGCAACUCCCAGACCACUUUGGUCCGGGUCGAGCCUCUUCGGUUCUGCAGCAGUGUGUUCAGGCUUGUGUGGACUCUGCCUGCAACCAAGCGACAGUCUUCUCCUGCCUCAAGUCCGGACAAGGAGGCGAGGUCAUAUCAGCCUUUUUUAACAAGCAGCAGCACACCCUGACCCUCCCUACAGUCAGCAGCGUCACGUACGUUCUCCGCUUCCUGGAAAAACUCUGCCACAACCUUCACUGUGACCCUCUGUUUGGCAGCCAGCCAGUAGCCAGGGGAAGCCUUCACUAUGACACUCACUCAUACACUACAGAGAGGAGAGGUUGUGGAGACAGCCUGACCACUGGCCCAGGCCGAGGCACCAAGCGCUCCCAUCUGGACUUCAGUAGUCCUUUGUCUCAGAAACUUGCAAAAAUCCCCCGACUCAUCACUGAUGGUGAGUCAUUCAGUGAGAGCAAAGUUGGAGGACCAGAGCACUUAAAGAAGGUCCCCAUCCCCUUAAAGUCCCCGGGAGCGACCCCUGGACCCAGAUCUCCAUCCAAACUGCUUCAUCCUAACACCUCCACGGGUUCAGGAAGUUUCCAGGCGAGCCCCAGGCCCAGUGGUCAGGAUCCAAAUCUGUGGACUGUAGAGGAAGUGAUGCAAUAUGUUCGCGAUAUUGACCCGGUGCUUGCCCCACAUGCUGACCUUUUCAGGAAACAUGAGAUUGAUGGUAAAGCCCUCCUGUUGCUGCGCAGCGACACCAUGAUGAAAUACAUGGGUUUGAAACUUGGCCCCGCCCUCAAACUCAUCUUCCACAUCGAUAAGCUGAAACGGGCUUGAGGAGGUUCUCCACCAAUGUGGCCUUCAAAAGGACUUUUCUCUCCCCAACUUCCCCGUUUUAGAGUCAGUAGAUCACGCACUUCCUGACAGACAUGAACCGACCAUUUCCAUGUAGCAACGUCCAGCUCACCUCCAUAUCUGGUCUCCAUUGUUCCUUCAUCGCCUCAUAAAAUGAGGAGUGUUUUAAUUUGUGUAGCACAAUCCAACUCUUAAGGCAGUAUGGGAAACGUAGGAUCACCGGCUGCCCUCUCAUCAGAUCUGCAUUUCAGUAUAACUUGAAAUCCGGUGUGACUAUUUUAAAUAUGUUAAAUUCAUCCUGUACAUUUCAUUUUUCUACUUCAUGAAUAUAUGGAUAUGUAUUUUUCGAUAUUUCGUGUUGUAUUGUGUGAAAAGAGCAGAAACCCCUAAAGGAGGAAAAGAAACAUUUCAUUCAUCCCAAUAAUUGGGAACUUUUCUAAUAGUCUCGGUUUGAGGCAUCGUUUUUGCAAUUUCAAGCUAAAUCCUGGAGGGGAAAACAUGUUUUAUAAAGUUAAAAAGGAUAAAGUUUUAUUCUAAAAAAAUACUGCCAUGAGAAAAGCUGUUAUAUUAUUUUAUCCUGAAUGUUUACAAUGCCUUGUCAUGUCUUUGUUAUUUGUACUUUUUUUUAGUUUUUUAUACUAUAUUAUUAAUGUUCCAAUGUGGAAAAAUCCUGUAAUCAACUUGUUUAAUAAAUGUAUAAUUCCACAGA